UACUCUUUGAACUAGCUUGUUGACUUGUGUGCAGCCGUGGAUUUAGCAGGGAACGUUUGAACUAAAUGACGAUGAACAAUAAUUGCAGUGUGUUUUGGGAUUAGAGAUGCUGAAGUAAUUUGCGAGAUAACGAAACAAAUUUUUUUAAUCCACUAGCCUAUUUUUUGAAUUGAUGGAUUUAAACAGCAAGCCAGUAUCCUAAAAACACCAACUUGUGUGGCUCGGAGUGUUUUGUUUUUGGAGGUUACCUGCUUCAGUCAAAUUUCAGUCUGUAAAAGCAGCAGGCCGGGCUCAGAAUGAGGCUAUUAAGAUUUCUGAGGAGCAGCGUGUCAAUAGGAAAGGAUAUUGACUAUUAUUCCAGAUUUUCUCCUUCUCCUCUUUCAAUAAAACAGUUCCUGGAUUUUGGCUCAGAGAAUGCGUGUGAGAAAACCUCCUUUGCCUUCCUCAGRCAGGAGUUACCUGUGAGGCUGGCCAACAUCAUGAAGGAGAUCAAUCUGCUGCCGGACAAUCUGCUGAGGACUCCAUCAGUCCGUCUGGUCCAGAGCUGGUACAUGCAAAGUUUUCAGGAUAUUCUUGAGUUCAAAGACAAAAACGCAGACGAUGAGAAAGUCACAUACGAUUUCACAGAUGCGGUGAUCAAAAUCAGAAAUCGCCACAAUGACGUCGUCCCCACCAUGGCGCAGGGGGUCGUGGAGUACAAAGAGGCGUACGGCACGGACCCAGUGGUCAGCCAGAAUGUUCAGUAUUUUCUGGAUCGGUUCUAUAUGAGCAGGAUAUCCAUCAGGAUGCUGCUCAAUCAACACACUCUCCUGUUCGGUGGGAACGUCAAAGUGAAUCCCGCUCACCCCAAACAGAUCGGCAGCAUCGAUCCCCACUGUGGGGUCAGCGAGGUUAUCAGGGAUGCGUACGAAAAUGCAAGAAACCUUUGUGAUCGUUACUACAUGAACUCUCCRGAGCUGAUCCUGGAGGAAUUCAAUGCCAAAGGCGAUGGGAAGCCCAUCACUGUUGUUUACGUUCCAUCACAUUUGUAUCACAUGGUGUUUGAGCUGUUUAAGAACGCCAUGCGGGCCACCAUGGAGCUGCACGGAGAUUCCAUGGAGUGUCCGCCCAUUCACGCGCAAGUCGCACUGGGAAAGGAAGAUCUGACUGUGAGGGUGUGCGACCGCGGAGGCGGCGUGCCGCUGCGUAAGAUCGACCGCCUGUUCACCUACACGUACUCCACGGCUCCGCGGCCAAGCAUCGACGGUUCUCGCGCCGCUCCUCUGGCUGGUUAUGGUCAUGGCCUGCCCAUCUCCCGACUGUACGCUCGGUAUUUUCAGGGCGACCUGAAGCUGUACUCUCUGGAGGGAUAUGGGACCGAUGCUGUGAUCUACAUUCGGGCGCUGUCCACCGAGUCCAUCGAGAGGCUCCCUGUGUAUAACAAGUCGGCCUGGAAGCACUACAAGACCAUCCACGAGGCCGACGACUGGUGCGUCCCGAGCAAAGAGCCAAAGGAUAUGACCACGUUUCGAAGUGUCUAAAACAAAAAACAAAAAUCUUGUUGCACAGUGCAAAAGAGAUUACUGUUAGUGAGUUUUAGUGUGUAAGCUGAUCCGUUUUUACAGUGAGUUUAAAAGAAGAGGGGAACAAAGGAUGUCUGGAUGUUUAGUGCCACACAUUUUAAGUUUCAUAAGGAACACCCUGUUUGGAAAUAACUAUUUAAACAUAAAAACUCCUCGUUAAUAAAUGAGCUUCCAGUGUCUCCUACUGAACAAGAAUAAAGUAUUGUUGCUGUAUUUUAACGAGGUUGAAAUAAUGUGCUGCACAGAUUAGAUUUGAUCUGAUUUGUUUCUUCUAGGAAUAUUUAUUUUCCUUU